GGAGAAGAAAAGGCGGUUACCUGCUAGCACGGCUAGGCUAACUGCCGGAGCCGACCUGGCCGGAAAAUAACACCCAUUUAACGCGCAGCAGAGCCCUGUGACACCGCUGCCGCUUCGGUGCAGUCCCAUACUCACUCUCCAGGUAGUCCUCCAGCUUCAUCCUCUCAAUCUCGGCCUGCUGACCCCACGGUUGUGCGGCUGGAGGCGGACACAUUCCUCUGUCCUCCCCCCGGACGCUGUGAGAGAGGAGGCGGAGCUGCUGCUGCUUUAAUUAGUGAAGAAGGAGCAGCAGGAGGAGCAGAGGAGCGGACGGUUCGGAUUGUUACGCAGCAGACUGACGGAGCUGUGUGUGCGUGUGUGUAUUCGUGUAUCCGGUGACAGUCUGGAGGUGUGCGGACAGCGGUGACCGGUUCGGAGCGUGCGCAGUGAGGACCACCUGCUGCUGGUCACCGAGCGGGCCAGGGCGCGCGGGGACGGAAUGCGGGUUUCACGCACGGAGUACGCGCAGUUCCUGAGCGCUCCGUGCUGUGUGCGUGCAGCGAGCAUGUUGCCAUGGUGCCCCGGGCUCAGAUGAGCGGCACGCGGAGGAGCUCCGGUCGGGAUGGCUCGCGAGGACGCGGUGAGGUGUCUGCGCUGCCUGCUGUACGCGCUCAACCUGCUGUUCUGGCUGAUGUCAGCAUGUGUGCUGGGAGUGGCGGUGUGGAUCCGUGACUCUCUCAACACCGUCCUCACCCUGACGGCCCACACCAGGUUGGAGGAAGCUGCCGUCCUCACGUACUCUCCAGCUGUUCACCCCGUCAUUGUUGCCGUGUGCUGCUUUCUCAUCAUCGUGGCAAUGGUGGGGUACUGCGGCACGCUCAGGUGUGACCUGCUGCUGCUCUCUUGGUACUUCGGCAGUCUGUUGGUGAUCUUCUGUGUGGAGCUGGCCAGUGCUGUGUGGACCUACGAGGAGCCCUCAGUGCAGCGCUCUGACAUGAUCAGCCUGAAGUCUCGAAUGCCAAACUACGGUCUGCAGCGUUACCAGUGGCUCACACACACCUGGAACAGCUUUCAGACUGAGUUUAAAUGCUGCGGUGUCAUCUACUUCACUGAUUGGUUGGAGAUGACUGAGAUGGAGUGGCCACCUGACUCCUGCUGCUCCAAUCAGUAUCCAGGCUGCGCUCGCCAUGCCCACUACCACGACCUUAGCGACCUCCACCAAGAGGGCUGCGGUCCAAAGAUCUACACCUUCAUCCGUGGGACGAAGCAGUUGCAGAUGUUGCGUUUCCUGGGCGUGUCCAUCGGUGUGGCUCAGAUCAUCGCCAUGGCGCUCACUCUCACACUCCUCUGGGCGCUUUAUUAUGGACGGAAGUCUCCAGAGCCGGACAUGCCCACACUGCCGCCACCGGAUGACCCCGACCCUGACACAGCAGCACAUGCAGCCUCGGCGGACGCUUUAAAGUCGGGCUGCAGCCGCUCAAAUAAAGGCUGCACGAACAUGGCUGCCACCACACCGAAACAGCAGUUUGAGAUGGAGCGACUUCACGCUGCUGCCUAAAAAGCUUCGUCCGGCUUGUCCAACACCAGACAACCUUUACUCAGUGAGAACACGAGCACCGGCAGCUUCAGAGCAAAGCCACACCCCCCGAUGACCUCCUGACAUCGCUGCAGCUCCAAUCAUCACAGAACAAAAUGCGUGUCAGCGCGUGCCUGUAGCUGAUAGAGAGGACGCAUCAUCAGUUUUAUGUUAAAAUUUAAGUCCUGAAGUUAAACUCUGGACUUCCUGUUUAAAUAAGGCAGGUCAUGUGCUUUUUCUACAGGAAAACAGGAAAAUAAUCUUUUAUUUUUACAGUCUUGCUCUAUCACAUCCUCUAAACCGCACCACUCGAUUAUUGUUGAUAUCAGAUGUACAUGUGUGCAGCCUCUCAGCUUCCAGUUGGUCAGAGUGAAGGCGUUCCCACUCUUACAGUCUGACAGCUGAUCUGAUGGUGAUGGGUGUAGCUGCUGUUCUGUUCGUGCUUCUCUCUGUGAACUGUGAGUCAUCUGAAGAACAGACUGUAAACUGAGGAUGGACAGAAUGGUGACUUACUGCAGGUCUGGAGGAGACAAGUGAGACAGGUGAGGAAGAGAGGAGGCUGUUCCUGUCAGACAUCGUGAACUCUAAAGGAGCUGAUUUUGUUCUUCGGGAUGAUGAAGUCAGAGAACAUGUUAGAGAACAGACUUCCUCCUGUUUGGACUCCCCGCCUCUAAUGAGACCAAACAUAUGGACACAGCCGGCUGGAGACGGACUCCAGAUAUUUUCCUGACAGCUGUGUCAGGAGCCACUGGAACAUUAGAUGACUUUUGAAUUGGAUUAUUUAUGGAGCUCUCUGAGAGACUGUACACCCACAGGAAGUGUGAGAGUCUGUGCAUGCUGUUGGAUAUUUAUUGUUUGUUAUUACAGCGUUUUCACUGGAAUAAAACGAAAUAUUAAAGCUGUUUGAGACGGACGGCUUCUCCUCUGCACUUUAAUGGCUCCUUACUGUAACAGCUGGGACUAAAGUGACCUCCCUGCUUUGUUCUGAUACUCAUGUGAGAGCAUCUGUGGACGACCCAACUCUCACAAACUGUUUGCUGUGAUGAUAUUUCAGAUUAUUGAGAUGGGGCGAUGUGGGAGGAGCUUCUGGAUUUGGAGUGAAACCUGUGACAUUCCUGCAGCUGCUGGGAGAAAGCGGAGACGGUAACACGGAUACAGGGCGUCAGCUGCUUGCAGUGAAAAGCUCUCCAAAUCCAGCGAGCAUGAAAUCCUACCUCUACUACCACUGUACGCUUUAUUAAUAGGUCGCUGAGUCUCGGCGCUCCGGCCUCAACUCUCCAGCGCUGUUUCAUUCAGGCUGCCAGCGUCUGUGAGGGCAGACCGGCUCACUUUACUCGCCACGUCUAUUUUUAUAUCACACGGCUUAUCGUACACUCAUCUGAUCAUUGUGUAGUU